UGCAGUGAUUACAAAAUAAUAGACUUAUUCAUAUGUGCUUAAUAUCGACGUGAAUAAUCACUAUUUUCAAUUUUACCUUCGGGGAUUGAGGCCACAAAUUUCUGGGCGUUUCCAUUGUGACAUCAUGUGAGCUGACUGACACGUACUGUUUUGUUAAAAAAAAGGAAAGCAGGAAGAAGAAAGGCAGUCAAACAGAAAGCUGAGAGAAAGCUAGGAAAGCUAACAGAGGAGAGAGUCGUUGUCCAGUGAAGAAUCUCUGCAGACCUCUGGCCCUCCCUGGUUCCAUCAUGAACGUGUUUGACCGCAACAUCAACAUCGACGCCCUCUUCAAGUUCUCCCAGAUAUCUCAUUCCACCCAGGCGCACUUGAAGAAUGUGUACUCAAGCCUGGCAGUUUGUAUGUUUGUGGCAGCGGCUGGCUCAUACGUCCACGUCGUCACGCGUUUCUUUCAGGGUGGGAUCCUGUCUGUGCUCGGCUCCCUGGCCUUGAUGUUCUGGCUCGCCAUGACGCCACACAACUCCGAGACGGAGAAGAAGAGACUGGCCAUCCUCGCGGGGUUUGCCUUCCUCACAGGUCUUGGCCUCGGCCCCACACUGGACUUUGUCAUCGCCGUCAACCCGAGCAUCAUCGUGACGGCUUUCAUGGGAACCUCUGUGAUAUUCAUCUGCUUCACUCUCAGCGCUCUUUACGCCAAACGCAGGAGCUACCUGUUCCUCGGAGGCACACUGAUGUCCGGCCUGUCCCUCCUCUUCCUGAUGUCUGUGAUGAACAUGUUCUUUGGCUCCGUCAUGCUGUUUAAGGCGCACAUGUACCUCGGCCUGCUCAUCAUGUGCGGCUUCGUCCUGUUCGACACUCAGCUCAUCAUUGAGAAGGCGGAGAACGGAGACAAGGACUACGUCUGGCACUGCGUCGACUUGUUCCUCGAUUUCAUCACCAUCUUCAGGAAACUGAUGGUCAUCCUCGCCAUGAACGAUAAGGACAAGAAGAAGGAAAAGAAGUAAAGCAAGUUUUAAGCAUCUGGAAAUUCGAAACAAUUUGUCAGACAAGGCACAAAUUGCGACGCACUUGGUGCUUUUCACUUUCUGUCUUCAUUUAUGGAAUUAACUCCUAUGUGGUUCUAUAUUAUUGAAAAUUACUUUUGAUCUAUUUUUUUCAAACUUACAACAAAGGUUGAAUGUAAGUUUUAUGUUAAACUAAUGCUAGUCCCCUCAUGGCUGUGAAUGGAGAGUAGACUCACGCUGCAGUGAAUGCGCUUGGCCUGUAGAGGGCAGCGUUGCCCUAAUGAAGACUCCCAGAAGUUGAGCAGAAGAUUUUUCUUUACUGUUAUUUAGUGCCAUAAAUUAAUGACAUGAUAGGCUCCUUUUUAGUGGGUCGUGUGAGCUUCUGAGACAGAUCUUUGUUUUAUUUGAAGUUCUGUAAUUUCAGUUGUUGAUUUGCUUAUUUAUAGUUUUCCUCUGUUCUCUUUGGUGGAUAUGAUGUUGACAACAGACCUCCUCCCUCCUUCUUGACAGCAAAUUUUGUGUUGGAACCAACAUUUUGAGUAAAAGUGGUGACGCCUGGUAACGCUGACACAAACCAUGAAAGCCUGUCAGACUCACUUAAAGUAGCUUAGGUCAGGAUUUUGGACUUUUGGCUGAUUCUGUGCCAUGUGUCCAUAGUUUUAACAUGGAAAGCAAAGAUUGGUGAGUUAUUCAGUCCUCUCCCCGUGUAAAUUCCUCUGAAUCUCUUAAAUGCUUUCAUAUGAUCAACUGACACAUUAUUAGACCACCGACCCCCCCCUCCCCAUUGAUAAUAUUUUUGCAUUGUAUUAAAGAAAGUCUAUGAAAGCCACAGUAGUCGUACAUUUUGUUUCUUAUGGGUAUAAUUAGGGUGAAAACCAAUUCUUCCGCGUUUUGCUGGAGACCCAGUAAAGGACCGCUGGGGGAGAAUCACUGGUCUGAGUAUCUGUUGUCUAGAAAUUAGUUUGCCAAAUGAUGAUGUUAAUCUUACAAUUUUUUGCAAGUGUAUACUGUGAAGAAUUUAUUUUAUUGAUGUAAAAUUGGAACUAGUAAUUUGAUACAUUUGCUCAAAUAAAUGUGUUGAACGUACUGAAUCAAAA